ACCCCGCAGGGUGGGGCCCCUAUGGCCCGGGGAGGGGUGUUCGGGGCGCCGAGCGGGCGGGCGCGAGCCGCCGCUCCGGACACGGACGGCGACAGGCACGACGCACCGGGGCCCCGCCCGAGCUCGUCUUCAGCGCCUGCACGGCCGGGGGCUACGCGGGUCUCUGGGGGCGGCGGGCGCCGGGGGCUUCCCCUGCGUUUUCCUCCCGAAGUGGGAGAGGCCGGGCCCACGGAAGCCCGGGGACAGCCCUGCCCACACUCCCGGGGACCAGGGGAGACGAAGCGGAGGCGGCGGGAGUGUCCCCGGCGCCGCGACGGACGGUGGGCCGCCAGCGGGCAGCCCGCCCUCUCCGCGCGCCCCUCCCCUCCGAGGCUGGCGCCUCCCCGCCCGCCACCUCCCGCCCAGAUCCGGGGGCGCCGGGGUCAGUGCCUCUGCAGAGGCGGGUCCGGGGUGCAUGUUUGGGGGAAGGUAGCAGCAGCUCUACGUGCUGCCGGUUGCGCCCGCGUGGUUAGGGCCCCCCACGUUUUGGGUAAGCAGCUCCCCAUCUGCACUGAGCCGGUCUCGGCCAGGCGCUGCCUUCAAACGCAGCCCAAGUGCUCCACGUGCACCUCUCCUACCCAGGAUGGGAGCCCCUCCACUCCUAAAAGAGCUAGGCGCGCGCCGCUGUCACUCGCUCCACUCUCUCUGCAAGCAUAUUUUGGGUGUGUGUGUGGGGGGAGGGUGUCUAUUAAAAGCGGGAGCAGGGCCCGCGGACGCUUGCUCCCGAGCCGGUGCAGUUACCGUCCUAGCGAGCACUGCUGGCGCGGCGCAGCUAGCACGCAGGUCUUCCCGCCUGGCCGGGCUGCAGCCGCCCGGGGAUUGGCUGCGGAGGGGCGGCCCCGCCCCGUGCCCCGCGGGCGUCGGAGGAGUAGAAGCGCGCAGGAAGAAGGAGCUAAGGCUCAGCGUCUGGGCUGCAGGCUGGAUGUACCUGGCAGGGGCAAGGAGAUCCCGUUGGAAAGAAACUGCAGCAUGUCCUGGAGCAGCAGUGACUUCGGACCCUCUGCUGAAGUAUUUGGGAAGAAUGGAGUGUUGGAGGAACAGAAAUUUCCAAGAUUCAAGAAAAGAGAGACACAGGUGUACAUUGGCAAUCUCCCGCUGGAUAUCUCUGAGGAGGAAAUUCGGUGCCUUCUAAAGGACUUCAACCCUCUCCGUGUCCACAAAAUCCAGAAUGGCUGCAAAUGCUUCGCAUUUGUAGAUGUGGGCUCCAUGCAGAAAGUGGCGCUUGCGAUCCAGGAGCUGAAUGGCAAGCUCUUCCGCAAACGAAAACUGUACGUGAAUUCCAACAGGUCUCCCAAGAGGACCCUUGAUGUGACUGAGUGCACCCAGGAACUGCUGGUUCCAGUAAAGUCAGCCACCUCUGAAGCUACCGGUUUUCACAGCUUUGCCUACUGUGGUAGAACUAUCAGCCAAAGGACCAGAGAGUGGGAGAAGCUCCAGACUGACACACCUUAGUCUCAUAUUCUUAUCCAAGGGCCUGUAGUUUUCUGUUGUUGUUGUUUUUUAACAGAUACUCUGUUUUUUGUAUGCUUCUGUUCAAUGUCCAGAAUACUGAAAUGGUUGUUUUUGACAAUUUUGUCAAUUUUUAUAAUAGCUUUUGGGGGAGAGGAUUUAUCAAUCGAAAUAUUUUGUAGUAGAAUUGUUUCAGAGAAGAGUAAAGGUAAAAUGAGAGGAUCAGUGGUGCAACAUAAACAUGGAGGAAGAGUUCAGGUCAACGUGGGAGAGAAAAUAUCAAAUGAUAUAACAAAGUCUCCCAGGAGUGAAGGAUAUGUUUUUAGUUUGAAAGCAACCAUUGAGUACCUAGGAUAAUGACUGGGAAAAUAAAAACCUACACCAAGACACAUUAUAGAAAUAUUUUAGAGUAUUGGAUAAAGCUUCAGAAAGAGAAUCCACAAGGAAGGGUAUAGGAUUGGAAUGUGUCAUUAAAUUUUGUAGGAAGAUAAUGUCUAACCCCCAAUCUGUUCUUAAUUAAAUUACUCUAGAAUGAAGGUAGAAUAAGGACUUGCUCACAAAUGUAGGGUCUCAAAAAAUGUAUGUCCCAUGUAGCUGCUCUCAGAAAGCUAUGGAGGGAUAUGCACCAAUACAAUGAAGCAAUAAGGCAAAAAAUGAGGGAAGCUGGGAGCAGGAGGUCCAACCCCCCAGGAGGGGGACCUGAGACUUCCCAGAUGAUGACAAAGGGGUAGAACACUUGUUAUGCAGCACUCAGUCCAGCCAGAGCAGGAUGAUGUGAGACUCCAGGGUGACAUUUGUAUGAAGAAAAGUAUAAAAACGACUGGAGAGGUGUUAUAAAGAGCCAUUGGAGGGUGUGGGAAAACUUAGCCAGAGAUUUAAGGAAGUCCAAGUAAAUGGAGGGGAAAAAAGGAGCAGUUAAUUCCUGGAGAAGGUUGUAUAAGGAUAAAAGUAAUCAUAAUACAUACUUUUUUUUUAAUAUUAAAAUUAAAAAAAAUU